UUUUAUCUUAUGCCUUUCAGGAAUUGAUGUUGAAGAAGCAAGAAGUAAAGAGGAGAGAAUAAUGUUAGAAGAUGCUCAGAGUUGGACGAAUGGUAAAACAAUGAAUGAAAUUAAAGAUAGAUCAGGUGCUUCAGCAUUACAUGUUGCUGCAUCAAAAGGUUAUUUACAAGUUAUUAGUCUUUUACUUCAACUUGGUGUUGAUAUCAAUGCCAAGGACAAUGAUGGCUGGACGCCAUUACAUGCAGCGGUUCACUGGGGGCAAAGUGAUGCAUGUGAAAUACUUGCUGAUCAUGGAGCCAACUUUAGGGCUACUAGUAAUGCGGGUUCAACACCUAUCGACCUGGCAGAACCAGACAUGGUUAAAAUGUUGGAAGAGCUUAAGAAAAGGCAAAAUGAUAAGCCAAAGAUCAACGCA